GUCGGACAUACUCACUGUAAAGUUGACACCCUCGCCCGGUUGUGUUAAGUGAAGGAAUUUAUACGAAAUAAGUUCUGCUAUUCCUAUUGCUGUGAAAGGAAUACUGUUUUGUUUUUCGAUCAUUUAUGUUAAAUUGCAUGCGAACCUGUCCAUAGCAGCUUGAAACGCAGCUUCAUCAACAUGGGAACCGAAUGGGAUACACUAAGAAAGCAGGCACGCCACUUGGAAAAUGAUAUUGAUAUGAAACUGAUCGCAUUCAAUAAAGUCGGUGUUGGAGCGGCUAGUAGUGGAACAUCACCAGCGGCCAGCAAUUCAGACACAUCGCCGUUACUGGGUGAUCAUGUAUUCGAAACGCUGUCCCUAGAGAUAGAGCAGAUGCUGGACAAACUGUCCAACAUGAAUGAAAAAAUGUCUGAAAUUCCCAACAGCGGGUCGGCCGUAAUGCACGUCCUGCAAAGGCACCGCGAGAUACUGCAUGGAUAUCGACAAGAGUAUUUGAAAAUACAGGCAAAUCACACUACGCGGAUGGAGCGCGAGCAGCUUUUGCGAGGGUCUGGUUUGGGCACCUCAUCGGUCGGUUCUCCAUCCACUUCGGGGUUGAGCCGAAGGGACAUGUACCUCAAGGAGAAUACCCAUCUGCACAGCUCAAGUUCACUCGUCAACGACCAAAUUAGCAUCGCAAUGGAAACGAAAGAGCAUUUAUCAUCCCAGCGGCAGCAUUUGAAGCGAUUCCAAACACGUAUGCAUGAUAUAUCGAAUCGGUUCCCUCUAAUAUCCAGUUUAAUUCAACGAAUCAACAUUCGGAAACGAAGAGAAUCGCUUAUCAUUGGAGGAGUGAUAGCAGUCUGUACCAUACUGCUGCUUGUAUAUGCGUUUCAUUGACUUUACUGAGUUCUAUCGAACCAAACUACCGAUGCCGCAAGCAUCAUAUUUUAUCUUUCUUUUUACCUUACCUAUUGGAAAUGCGGAAUUUAGUCAAAAAAGUGAGUUGAACUAUAAUAUCUGUUGAAGGCUCGCAACAAAUUGUA